AUGCAGCAGGUGGAAGAGAAGUGGUUGAUAUGUGCCGAUCCUGAUAGUUGUUAGAUCUACACCCUGAACAUCAACACCAAUGAAGUGAGAGUGGAGCAGGAUGUAGAUCAAGAUUAUCGAUAGAAGGCAUUGUAAGCAAUCCAACAAAUUGAAUCGAUACUCAAAUUGAAGACAGGUAUGAUGUCUGAAUUCUAGAUUGGCAGGUACUUGGCUCAUGGCUUCAAAGCAGAUCGAUCAAUAUCGUAGAAGAAAGAUACCCUCUUACUUGCUGCAUAAAUAAUCUUCCUCGAUUCCAACAUAUUUGUGUCAAUCAACUCUUAGUCAGGCAUUUGUCAAAUUAAAUUGAAUCAAUACAGAGAAUUAUUCUAAAGUAUGCCAGAUGAAGUCUAAUUGAUGGAAAAACCUAAUAUAGUAGAGAUCUCGGCAAGUUUAGUCACUGGAGCUGAUGAAGUGAUCAAGAGUGUUCUAAGAGAAGUCUAUUAGAGAUUCAACGUGAAGUUGAGACCAAAAGACGACAACAAUUAGUUCAUCCUACAGAUCUCCGGUUUCAAAGAAUUCUUGACAGGCAAUCAUCCUAUGCUCUCCUAUGAUAGAGUGAGAGUCUAGUUGAGAGGAAUGAAACAUUUGGAAGUGAUCUUGACUGAGAUUCCCAAGUAGUUUAAUCAGACCUUUCUGUUCCCUCCAAUCAUCUACAGAAUCAAAGGAGGAGAACCCCAUCCCUAGAUUGACUGGAUUAAAUUUCGAGAUGUUCCAGCCUUGUUGUGGUACUCUCCGAUCCCACUCAAAAAGUAUGAAUCGGAAAUACCCAAUACUCAGUUGUCUCUUGGGUGUGGACCUUCCCCAUAGAUCAAAUUCGAUAAGAUCAAAGUGUAGAAUAGUCAAGAUGUCUUCAUUAAUCAUGAGGACACAAUUAAGAGGAUGUCCUUUGAUGAAAAUCCGACCCGUGCUCCAUCCAAAGAGAAUACGAAUACUAAUGUCUAGAAGCAGAAAAGCUCUGGAUAGAUCUAUGAUCUGAUUUCGAUGAAAAAUGAAUUGCAGAAAUUAAACAUGUUGAAAAUUGAGUAGAACCUACUGUAUUCUGGUGAAUGCGAUUGGCCUUUCAGUGUUAAGAUUUGCUCCAUAGAGAACUUGUUGUAAACUUUGGAGUAAGACAACAAGUAUGAAAAUCAACUACAGAGAGCUACUUAUAAUGGCUUAAUACCUCCGCUGUAUAUAACCAAAAAGUAUGCUGGAACCAAAGUAGAGGAAGAACAACAUAAAUAAGGCAAUAAGAAAAAUGAUGAAUCUGACAUUAAUAAGAGAUAAUAAGUGCACCUCAAACUGCACAAGAGAACUGGACGAGUCUUGGAAAAUAAAAAUAUUGACAUCAAGAGGUACAUCCCAUUUGGAGGUUAGGAUAACCUUGAUGAAUUAGCCACCUUAUAAGAGAGAUACGAUUUAGACUUUUUACCUUAUCUUAUCUCAGUAUAAGUCAGUUUAUUUCAUGGAUGCAAAUUGCUCACUCCUUGGUGUCAAGCUGAAACUAAAAAUUAACCAUUCAGUUAAUGUCCUAAAUUUUAUUAGACCGUCACAUUCUAAGGCAUCAAAAUAUCUCAAUUGCCAUUAGAAGCUAGAUUGUGUUUCAACAUCAUUGCCCACAGUGCUACUGGAUAGUAGUAAAUUAUUGGAUGUACAACCAUGUACAUCUUCUAUGAGGAAACAAAGUUCAGAUCAUCAGUAAAUCAAUUGAACAUCUGGCCAUUCUAUAAAAUUGAUCCUAGAUUACUCUGCAUGGGCUAAUAUUGGGGAUGGGUUAAGUAGUAGAAUCAAUAAAUAGGCAUUCCUCUUCAUAGUAAUAAGAAUCAACAUUUUAUCUCUUCUCAACUUAUUAAUAGAUCUUAUGGCAGAUUGUUAGUGUAACUGGAUUAAUUCAAUUAAACUAUGAAAUGGAGUCUUAGAGAUGAAAAACAAAUGGAAGAAUUAGGUUUCUCGAAAUCAGCUAGAUCACAAAGAUAUUAAGAAAUGAGAAACAAAUUUAUUCCUAAUUCAGAUUAUUCAAACUAUCAACAAUCCCAAUCGUCAGCCUUGAACUAGGAUCAAUUUAUCUCUACAUACUAAAAUACUAAUAAAAAUUCGGCCUAUCAAUAAUUUAAUACAAACUCAUAAUCUAAUAGUUUUAGCAAUUCGCAAAUAUUCCUAAAAAAAUAAAGAACAUAAAUGGCAUCUUUAUAUAAUAUACAUCAUAGAUAACAAGCAAAUCCAUAUGAAUAAUACAUGCAAGUAGGAUACUCCACUUAAGAUUAAGGGACGACCCUUCGUUUUGGAGAAAUGCAAGAUCGAUAGACUAAUUUUGCAUAAUCUAUGAUGCAUAUGAAUCAGGGUAGCAGCUUUAAUGUACAUGAUUAAUCUAGUACGUAAGUGAGCACCUUUAAAUUAAAUCAUCGAUUCUCAAAAUAAAGUAUAUAGCAGAAUUAGAGCACUCAAGAAAAUUAUAACUAAGUAUUUCCUUAAAAAAAUUGGUCAACUACUCCAAGGACUGAAGAUCUUGCCAUCUUGUAAGGAUUACUUAAAUACAAUCCAUUAAAUAGGCCUUAUUAUACUGAUUAGCAUAAAUACAUUCUAAUGAUCUGUAGGAACCAUUACAAAACACUGCCCUAUGCAUUACAAAUCUUUCUAAUGGCCAUUGAAUGGGAUGAUCCUGAACAAGUCAGAGAGGCCCAUAACAUGAUUAAAUUAUGGACACCCUUGCCACCUGAAGAUGCUUUGCCUUUAUUGGACGCACAUUUUGCAGAUGAAACAGUUCGACUCUAUGCGGUUGAGAGAGUGAGUAUAUUAUCUGAUGAUGAAUUACAAUUAUACAUGUUGGAAUUGACCUAAUGCUUGAUGUUUGAGAAACAUCUAUUCAAUCCAUUGGCCGAGAUGCUGUUAGAGAGGAGUCUGCAAAAUCCUUGGGUUGUAGGACAUGAAUUAUUCUGGUUGCUCAAAGCUUAAUUGCAUGUACGAUCAUCUUACGAAAGAUAUUCUUUAUUGUUAGAACAGUUAUUAAUGCUUUGUGGAGAAUUUAGGUAACAAUUAAUGAAUGAAGUUCUUGUAGAUAAUGAGUUAUUUAAAAUUGCGUAGAAGAUCAAGGAAUAGAAUGUGCCCAAAGAUUUACGCUAGCAUUUCUUGAAGACUGAAUUAUUGCAACUCUAUCCAAAAUUGCCAAAACCCUUCUCCUUUGCUCUAGAUUCAAGAAUGGAGGUUUCAUCAAUCUAUUAUGAUAAGUGCAAGGUUAUGGAUUCUAAGAAAAUGUCUCUAUGGCUAGCAGUGAUGCCAAAAUUUCUUGAAAAUGAUGAUGAAUUAUAACUCUAACUACCAAUCGAUAUUUAAUAGCAAGAAGAAAACCCCUUUAGAAAUUUCUCAGUAGUCAGACCUCAAGAUGAAAAUUUGUAUAGCAACAACAAAUAGCAAUAGGAUAAAUUGGAAUAAAAAUACUACGAAAUUGAGAAAGAAGAGAUAUGUAAACAGCAUCUGCUUAAAAUCAUUUUUAAAACUGGUGACGAUAUCAGAUAGGAUAUGUUGACACUAUAAUUAAUUAAGAUUAUGGAUAAGAUCUGGUUGGACGAUGGCUUAGAUUUUAGAAUGAAACCAUAUAAGGCUAUAUCAACUUAGGACAAUGUGGGUAUGAUUUAAGUUGUUAGUAGUUCGGAAACUAUUGAGAAAAUUCAUAGCUAAUUGGGUUUAAUGGGGGCAUUUGAACUAAAAACUAUAUGGAAUUAUUUGAAAAAGAAAAAUUUUGACACUAAAUCAUUUGAGACUGCCACUGAUAAUUUUCUAAGAUCCUGUGCAGGCUAUUGUGUUGCAACCUAUAUUCUUGGAAUAGGAGACAGACACUCUGGUAAUAUUAUGAUUACUGAAACUGGUCAUCUAUUUCAUAUAGAUUUUGCUCAUUUUUUUGGAAAUUUCAAAUAGAAGUUUGGUAUUAAAAGAGAGAGAUCUAAAUUUGUAUUAACUGAAGAAAUGGCAUUUGUUAUUGGAGGUAGAGAUGGAGAUCUCUUUAAAAAGUUUUAGUAAGAUUGUACUAAUGCUUAUAAUCUGGUCAGAAAACAUGGUCAUUUUAUUAUUAAUAUAUUCUUAAUGAAUCUAUCGGCUGGCAUGCCUGAAUUAUAAUAGGCUUCCAACGUAAAAUACAUAGAAGAUUAAUUGGCUUUGAACUUAUCUGACUAGGAGGCAACAGCAAAAUUUAAGCAAGAAAUUGUAAACUCUCUUAAUGAUACUUGGAGAUAAGUCGAUAAUUGGUACCAUUAUAUGAGAAGAAAAUGA